AGCGUCCUUCUGCCGCCCAUAGAGGGCAGUCAAUACAAAUUCACGUGCGUCUUAUUUUCGUGAGGAGUAAUGGCUGCUGUGGCGCUCGUGCAGGGAGCGAGCAGAGGUCUGGGCUUAGAGUUCUGCAGAUAUCUACUCUUAAACAAAUCUCCAGCAGCCAUUAUAGCAACAUGCAGAAAUCCGGACGCCGCACAACAUCUAUCAGCGCUGAGCGCGCAGCACGCGGGGAGGAUGACUGUACUGAAACUGGAUGUCAACAGGGAAGAUGACGUCAAGAGAGCAGCUGAAAGUGUCAAAUCUGCCUUUGGGAAAGUGGAUUUGAUCAUUAAUUCUUCAGCUAUGCUUCAUCCGUCCGGUAAAGGAGAAACAAGUUUACGGGACGUGUCCGCUCAGGGAACCAUUUCCACUUUGGCCACAAAUACGGUGGGUCCUCUGGUGAUGGCCAAAUAUUUUGUCCCCUUGCUUCAGAAGGGAACAGGGGCGUUUGGCCAACAGCCCCUAGAGAAAGAGAAACAGCACAGUGGCAUCAUUGUGAACAUGACUGCUAGAGUGGGAUCUAUAGGAGACAAUGCUCUUGGAGGCUGGUACAGCUAUAGGAUGUCUAAAGCUGCCUUAAACAUGGCCACCAGAAACCUGUCUAUUGAGCUGGGUCGAGGACGAUCUAAAAUUGUGUGUGUAUCCCUGCAUCCUGGAACCGUGAAUACGGAUUUGUCUCGGCCCUACCAUCGAAACGUACAGAAGGACAAGCUGUUCAGCACUGAAUACUCUGUCCAGUGCCUUAUGAACAUAAUAGACACUCUAAACAUAGACAAAACAGGGAAAGCCUAUGCAUGGGACAGCAAUGAAAUACCUUGGUAAACAGUCAUGUCAAAAACAACAGCAUUGUGUCUACCUCAUUUUAAAAUAAGGUGGAAUAGAAAGCGACAAACAAAAUAGUGGCAAAACAUAUCAUCAGGCAAUGUAAAUCUAGAACAGAAAAUAAAUGUUUGUAUAUUAAGGAAACACUGGAUUUAAGAGUGACUGGUGGUUUACUCAAAAUUGUAGAAACAUACAUUGCAUUUCAGGAAGACUUGCGGAUGUCACAGCAGAUAAGAACUUAUAACAAAUUUCAUAAUGUCUUAAUGUCUUAAGAAUCCACUUGAAUUUUUGUUUGUGAUAUGAUAGUAUUCAUUUUUAGUAAUGUUUUAAAGUCUAUAUGCUUAGAUAAAAUGUUUAAUAAAUUACAUUUUUAAACAUU